AUGGCAGCUUCUCAGAGACUGCUGACAUUCCGGGAUGUGACCAUAGAUUUCACUCUAGAAGAGUGGGGAUGUCUGGACCUCAGUCAGCGGGAAUUGUACAGGGACGUGAUGUUAGAGAACUACAGGAACCUGGCCUCCUUGGGACUUGUGGUCUUUAAGCCAGAUCUGGUCACCUUUCUGGAGCAAAGGAAGCAUCUCUGGGAUGUAAGGAGAGUGGAGACAACAGCCACAUACCCAGGUAGGCGUGAAUAG